UAUGCUGACGCAUUUCCGAUAUUAUGAACUUUUGCUGUGCCUGGGCACUUCCCUCCACGAAAAUUUCGUUCUCCUCCAUUUUUUCUGGACACUGAGCCCAGAAGCAACCGACGACGAUGUCUCCCCGACCACGACGACAGGGACGACGACGACCGCCAGGAGAAGAAGAUGAAGGAGCACAACGACGACAACGGCAGCAACCCAAUUUCGAAGUGGGCGCGCUUGUCGAGGUCGCCUCCACCGACGACGGCUUCCGCGGCUCCUGGUACGCCGCCACCGUCGUCCGCCGCCCUUCGCGGCGGUCCUCCUCCUCCUCCUACGCGGUGGAGUUCCAGGAUAUCUACGAGGACGAGGAGGGCACGCGCCGGGUCACCGAGGAGGUGGAGGAGUCCCAGAUCAGACCGAUGCCUCCGGAGGAGCCGAGCGAGAAGCGGGACUUCGAGGUGGGUAACGAGGUCGAGGCCCGUCACAACGACGGGUGGUGGGAGGGCGUGGUGGUGGAGAGGCUGAGGGGCCGGAGGUUCGGGGUCCUGUUCAGGGAGUGGAGAGAGAGGGUGGUGUUCAAGGUCCAGGAUUUGAGGGUGAAUCGCAAGUGGGUUCAUGGGUCUUGGUUGCCUCCUUGUGCUGCUGCUGUUGAAGGUCGACAGCAGAAAGCACAAUCACAGAUGGAGACGAAGGUUGCCAAAAAGAUGAAAAGUUACGAAUUCACUAAGGGCACUCCAGUUGAGGUGAGCAGCGAUGAAGAUGGAUAUCGCGGUGCCUGGUUUGCAGGAGUGGUUGUUGAAGAGGUAUCCAAGGGAAAGUACCUUGUUGAGUUAAAGAACUUCAGGACGGAAGACGAUUCCGAGUUUUUGAAGGAAGAGGCCGAUGCUUUGCAUAUCCGGCCCUGUCCACCAGAAAUUGUAGUUGCUGACCAUUUCGAUUUGUUUGAUGAAGUAGAUGCUUUGUAUAAUGACAGCUGGUGGGUCGGUGUGGUCUCUAAGGUUCUCAGCAAAUCAAGGAGUGGAUUGGUGGAAGAUGGAUGACUGCUUCCUUGCUACAAAAAAACACGCGCCUAGUGUAAAUUCUCUUUGAUGCUGCUUAAGGUUUGUUUGGAAACUCAAUUGGUUCUAGGGCAUGUGGGAACUGUAAAUUCUAUUUGCUUCCAUUGGCUUAAAGUCAAACUUCGUGAAGUUUUCACAAAACAAAAAUUUUACAACUAUAAGUAAAUUCUAUGAUUGGAAACUUCUGAACCUCACAAGAUCAAGCAUUUGACUAAAUUGGAACUAAACUUUCUUAGAUUUGAGAGUUCCUUCUUUAUCAAGAGGAGCCAUGACUAAGUGUCGUCAAAUUCAUUAUACUUAAAUGCCCUUAAAUUACUUAAUCUGAGUCUAUGGAAACUGUAGGCUGGAUGUCCUGGGAGAACAGUUGACUGAUUAUUUCAUGAACUAGAGAGAGACCUGAUCUUUUUCCCCUGUUAAGUGAGAGACCCAAUUAUGCUUUCUUAAUUUCCCUAAAAUCGCCAGAAAACCUACUAUUGUUGUCGACUGCUGAUUAUGUGGAAAACGAAAGGUUGUUUUGAGAAGUCAAAACUUAACACGGAUCGGUUUGGCUCAUCCGUGGGGUUUAGUUGUUCGUGGGCUUUGCCUAUAUGCAUGUAGUUUAUUUCUUCUCUAACGGUGGAUUGGUAGGUUAGACAUUUUGAAUAGCACUUAUCCUCUCUUCUUCUGAUGUUUCCAAGCCGGCCAACAUAGAAUAGAUAGGCGAAGCAGCCAAUAGCUGUUUGUUCUUGCCUAUCGACAGAUAGCAAGUUGCUUCCAAGGUCAAAUAAUUUGAAACUGAAUUGCUACUUCCUUCUUGUUAUUGAUAGAGUGGUAUUCUCUGCUCUUAUAAAAUAAACUAGAGGGAGAGAACUGGAACAGAGAGGGAUGUGGCUGGGGAAGGAAAAUGCUCUUGGAGAUCGAGAUUGGAUUUUUUAAUUGAAAAUGAAGAAGGCUGAGGCAAAUGUUUGCACUUGAACUUAAUCAGUUGACGCAUGUCAGAGGAUAUGUGGAUCUUGCUGUAGAUGCUGGAAUAAAUGUAGCUGGAUUUGAUAGAAGUUAGACUAAAGAAAGCCUAUGGUGGCAAUUGAUGUGUAUUAUUGACACGGAUGUAAUCGAUUCAGAUUUUCUGUAUGGAUCAUAUGUGAAUUAGUAUGCACCUCAUGGUACAUCAGUUGGCCUUAAGAAUAUUGUAA